AUGGACGCGGGUCUGCUAUUUCAUUACUUCGCCAAACCGAUGGAGUGGCUCAUUCGUCUUCACGACUCCGUGCCUCCGCUUGGAGAAUGGCGAGACGAUCUGAUGGACGAGAGCAACGUACGCGGCUUGAUCGAGUCUGCCCCGUGGGAGAUCCUUGCUGCCAAGAUUGAUCCUCUCGCGUUUCAGGAUCGAGGUUGGUUUCGACACAUGAUGCGACUGUACACUCACGCCUUUCCGGUGAGCAUCGCCAAGCGUCGCGCGAAUCGCUUGCUCCGGGGUUACUGCGACCUCGACUUGUUGCUGGAUCCCUUCUUUCUGCAAUUCCCUCGACCUGGCGAAGCAGAGGCUUGGUACCCUGGAAUUGACGGCGGAGCCGAUCCCGCAGAUCUACUGGAGGCGUUGGCCAUUACGGAUGCGGCUGAUCGCUGGCGCAACCACUAUCGAGACGUGCCAGGAAACCAUCCAGCGCUUGAGAUCGCUCGUUUGCCUGGCAAGUUCGUGUCCUCCUCUUCCUGA